CGUCCGGCAUUUAAUCUGACAGUUUUGCUCGGAGAGAUGAGCUUUGCUGCCUAACCUGGCUCUUUUCGGGCCUGUUAGAUCAGCGUAUUAAAGUUAAAAUUUGUAUAUUUCGACAAUUGCUAUGUCUCUUUACCGGUGCUCUCAUAAACUGUGUAUUAAAUGUUUGUAAAAUGUAAGCAAUCUGUGAUAAAAGUGCAAUCUUUCCAGGGUAGCAACUCGUCGAAUUCCUUACCGAGCUGAUAUCCAAAGAUCUUGUUGAUAAGUCUUGCCUUCUGUGUUGACUCUUCAUUCAUCAUUGAUUGAAGACCAUCCUAUGUAUCCCACUGCCUUCAUGUGAGUGUAAUCUCUGACUCGCAGUUUAUGAUCUACCAACAUAACCAUACAUCUUAAGAUCUCAUAUACUACACUGUCUGAUAAGUACUCAUCAGUUGCCAUUGUACUCUUCAACCUGCCGCCUGCCACAUACAUGUGCUUUGCCAGUUCUUCAAGUUUUCGUAAAAUUACAUAUAGAGGAUUGGAUGAAGCCAAUGAGAACAAUAUCAAACAUCAACGCCAAAUCAAACUCAAGAGCUUAAACCUGUGUGGUUUGACUGGAUGAUAACAUUGCCAAAGUUCAAGAUAUUAAAACUGAUUCCCAACUUGGAGCUAGUCGAUGGUAGAGUUCAGGAAACUGGAUAUUAGCAAGCUAUAUCAAACUACGGUUGUGACAAACUGUUCCAAUAUUGUAUUUCAAAGAUAACCACAUCAGUGUUCACUUGUUCACUGAAAUAUUGACUUCUGCCACUGUAGGAUGCUAAGUGACAUUCUUGUGGAUAAAAUCUGUCUGUGAUAUUUCAAAGUCGCUCAAACUUGAGUCGUGAACACAAAAGUAAGUGCCAUGCAGACUCCAGGAGCUUCCAGCCCAUGGGGAGGCAGUUCCAGUUUGAGUGGACUGGAGUCAAACUGGGGUAUCAGUACCUCAAAUUAUUCCUCAGGUGCCAAUAACAUGAAUCUGUUAGGUUAUGGAGUCAACAGCAGUCUUUCGAACAACCAAGGACAUAUGCAAUCUGGUGCAAGUUCCACAUUUGCAGAUAAUUCCAGCCGUGGGGGCUGGGGUGCCCCAGGGACAAUACCCCCCUCACAGUCUACAAACAAAAUGCCAACAGGUUCAAUUGGAAAUAUGCAAGGGUCUUUGCCAGUAAGUGGUGCUCAACCAAAUGGACCUCAGUCUAACCAGCAGAGUGGUUCAUUCACCACUUCUCAGUCACCUGGGCCUAAUGGGGGCCUAAACUCACAGGGUAAUAGUGCAUUUGGUAACAAUGUGGGCUUUCAAAAAACCUCCACCGGUAAUGUAUCCUCUGGUCUCGCUAUUAAUCCAGCCACUAGUAUUAUGAACAGUUCAAAUGGGAGUAGUGCUCAAAACAGUGACAAUCUUGGCUCCGCUGGAUGGGGAGCAACUUCUUCAGGAGCCGAUUCCAGGUUAACGGGAACAAAUAAUUGGGGAAAUCCAACUAGUGCUGAUUGGGAUCAAAACUCCACAAGUGUGUCUCAGAAUGUGGGCCCAAACCCCCAGGCUGCCGGCCAGGCUGAUCCGAGACCAAGUUCCUGGGCCCAGGCAGCAGGCAAAGGCCUAAAUCUUCAAGCCAGUAACCAACCUGCUCCAAGCUCUAUGACCCCAGAAGAAAUUCAGCGCCAAGCUGUAUUCAGGAUGGCAAUCGAAAGUCAUGAGGGAUGGGGAAAGAAACCCAUCCGCCAAGAUACUGAGUGGAAUGUAGAGACUUCUCCUAAAGUACAACGCAAAAUCACCACUGCUCCAGUAGUGCCAGAACAACAGCAAAAGGGAACAAAUAACAUGUGGAAUAACAAUAAUGGAACUGCCAUAUGGGAGGCCAACAAAGAACAGGCUUGGGGAGGCAGUCCAAACCAAGCUAGGGCCCCAGGCCAGCCCCCAGCUAACUGGCCGGGUGGUCAGAAGCCACCAGAUCCUUCCGGUGGUAGACAGUGGGUUGGUGCUCCAGGCCAGGCUCCAGGUCCUGACAAAGGGUCUUGGGGAGCACCGCCAAAUAGUCAGCAGGGCAGUGGACAAUGGGGCGGUAGCACAGAAACUGGCUCAUGGGGCGGAAAUUUCGGUGGCGGAAAUUCUGGAGCCAGUAGUGGUAUUUCUACUUGGGGUGACAAUGAGGGCACUGCAGGCUGGGGUGACAGCAGGGGCUCGGCAACUAGCGAUGGAACUAACUACUGGGGAGAACCACAGAGCAAACCAAGCCAACCUAACUGGAACAAUGCCCCUGUCGGUGUUCCACCUGGACCUCCGGCUAUUGGCCAGAAUCGUAUGAACAAAAUGGGAGGUGGAUGGGGAGAGCCUGUCGGACCACCAGAUUCAAAGAUUGAUGAUGGUACCAGCCUCUGGCAGGGAGGAGUUCCUCCACAACAACCCCGCCCAGGGAACUGGGGAGGUGACCCUGGAAAUCAAGGACAAUGGAAUCCCACUGUAGGAAAACCCAAUCCCAAAUUAGCAAACCAGAAUCCUGCUGCUUAUGGAGGCGUUGACGACCUGAAUUGGAAUCUACCCAAAGAAGACAUCUGGAGUGAAGAGAGUAUGGGAGGCUGGGAUGAUGCAGAUAUGGGCACAUGGAAUGACACUGCCGCACAGACUAACUCCUCCUGGAAUAGUGCCACUGGCUGGAAUAAGGACAAGAGAAAUAUUAUUGCCAAGGAUAACAUGAAGUUCCCUGGCGCAGCCUCCCAGCAGCCCCAGAUGAGGAGCAGACUCCUCCAGCAACUCAUGGACAUGGGCUUCAAGAAAGAUGAGGCUCAGCAUGCUCUCAUCACCAACAACAUGAACAUACAGAGUGCCGUUGCCGACCUGUACAAUCGUCGUGGUGCUUCUAAGAAGGAAGACUUUGAUAUGGGAAGGAUUCCAGGAUUGCUUCCAGACGAUGACAUAUCAGAUGCUCAACAUGACAGCAGCUCCUUCGUGCCUAACUUGACUCCCAUGCAAAAUACUCCAUUCAACAAUGCUCAAUCCAAGCUACCCAACCAGUACCCAUUCAACAAUGGACCUAGUCUCAACCAGUCUAGUCUUAAUUCAAACAAUCCCAGUAUUAACAAUGCUCUGCAGCAGAAGCUGAUGCAGAAGUUCCAAAACCAGCCCCCGCCGCCCACACCACAGUCUAUGAAUUCCAUGAACCCAUCUCAGGGAGGGCUUGGGCCUGGAGGGCAGCAAAAUGCUGCAGUGCAUCAGCAGAUGGCCCAACAGCAGAUUUUGCAGCAGCUGAGAAUGGCCGUCCAGGCCGGCCUUAUUUCCCCACAACUGCUGAACCGCCAGCUCCCCACUCCCGUCCUAGUCAUGCUCCAGCAGCUACUGCAACAGCAACAGAACCUUCAGCAGCUCAUCACUACGCAACACAUGCUGCAGCAGAACAAACUGAAAAUGAACCCUGUUGUCCAGCGCCAGCAGCUUGAAGAUGUGGCCGGCAAAGUCCAGUUGAUUAAACAGCAAAUACUACAUCUGCAAAAGAACAUCACAGCUGCACAGAAGGUGUUCAUGGACAAAAAUGAGAUCCAACCUCCACAGCAGCCUCCCCAGCAACUGCCCCAGGCUUCCCCUGAAACCUCGGAGAAUGCCCUUCAGAAUGAACUGCAGAACCUGUCCAUUGCCUCUUCCCAGCCCCAGUCCCGCCUGAACCAGUGGAGGAAGUCCACGCCUGACAAGGACUCUCCUGAUGACACGCCCACCUCAACAGCUAACCAAGCUACCACUCCCACCAACCUGACACCCACCACCACAACAGCUGAUGACGGAGGCGACAAGUCUGAACUCAACAAGACAGUCGGUUCCAAGCCUAUACAGCAAUCUAACUCUCAGUCAAAUCUCCGCCGAUUUGAUGACCUUGGUCUUGGUCAGCUAGGAGGUGAUUCUACUUGGUCAUCUACAGUUACAAGCAGUAGUUCUCAGAGCUGGCCCAACUCCUCAACAGAAGAUGACAAGUCUGCUUUAGAAUCUCAGAACUCGUCAGCAAGCACAACAUCUUCAAGCAGCAGCUCAGUAUUGGACACAAUUCCAGCCAUUCCGGAGUUUGUUCCUGGCAAGCCAUGGCAGGGCAUUCCAAAGAAUGUUGAGGACGACCCUCACAUCACACCUGGCAGUUUUGCCCGGUCUCUGAGUGUGAACACUAUCAAAGAUGACUAUCUGCUUACAUUGACCAAAUCAAGCCCAAACAGCGAAAGCAACUCUUCCUGGCCCCCAAAGCCUCAGGAGGGAGACAACAAACCAUGGAGUGCUGGUGAUAACAGUUUAGCUCCUUCAAGCUUUGGUUCCGAGGUAUGGGGCGUGCAGAUGGGAAAGGGCGCCAUGUCGAGACCCCCGCCAGGCCUUCCGCAGGGAAUGCAGCAGAAGUGGAUGGGCUCUGGUAUGAGUAGACAGCAUUCGUGGGCUGGCACUGCAACCAGAUUGGAUGGUCGGGGCAACUGGUCAGGUGAUCAUAUGCAGCCAUCCAUGCUGGCAUCCACAGUCCUUAUUCUGCAGAACCUGACACCUACUACCGAUGGUUCUACACUGCGGACCCUGUGCAUGCAACAUGGCCCUCUCCAGCAGUUCUAUCUAAACUUGAACCGUGGGGAAGCUCUUGUCAAGUACCGCUCCAUGGAUGAGGCCAGCAAGGCUCAAAAGGCCCUGAACCACUGUCUGCUCGGGAACACCACUAUCAUGGCACAGUCUGUGUCAGAGAUGGAUGCCAUGCAGUACAUAGAGCAACAACAGAGUGGUGGUGGGCUUGGCCAAGGCAUGUCAGGGGGAAACCAGUGGCCCCAGGGGGGCAUACAGCAGGCGAGGAGCUCAGCGGUGGGUGGAGGGCGUGGACGUAAUGAUAUGGGUGGUGGUGGCUGGGGAGGCGCCCCAACCCCAGUAUCCAGUGCCAUGUGGAGCGCAGGGGGCAGACCAAACAGCUCUGUACUGUGGGGAGGCAUGGAAGACACAGGCCCACACAAUCUGCUUGGAAGCAUGCUGGGCGGCCCCAUGUAACUCUGAAACACUAGGAGGAUGUGUAGUAACAUACACAUACAUUGAUUGUAUUAUGUAUUUGUUGACAUUGUGAUUUGUAUUAGCAAUUAUUAGUUUUAUUUUUAUGUUAAUGAUUACUUAAUGGAUUAUGUAUAUUACUUUGAAAGAGUUGUAAUUGUUUCCCUAAUGCAUCUUAUUGAUCUCUUGUAUGCGGGUUAGUUAUAAAUGUAUGGUAGUUGUGGGAUCACUUGAUGGUUAUAUUGUGUUCUCUGGGCCUAUGGUUCUGGCAGAUGGACACAUAUCACUUGAUGCAAAUAUAUUGGUGCUUCUUCAAAGAAGUAGCGCACAUGUUUUUAUUUUUAUACUUCGACGGAAGUAUUAAUGUGUCUUUCAUAUUUUUUUUUUCCAUUUGUCUUGUCAGAUAGUGUGUCAAGGAAAUCUGCCAAGCCUGUCUACCAGUAGCAUCAUAGGAGAGUUUUUAAUGUCAGUCAUUAUUGCUAUGUUGAACAUUGUUUAACCUCAAUUAUCAUGAUUAAGAUUAUUAAAGUUCUUUUAUUAUUUAUAUCACAUCAUGACAACCAAAAAAAUGCAAAAAACUACAAAAAAAACCACUAAAAAAACUCAUAAAACAGAUAUUUAUGUCAUUUUUAUUAUUGCUAUAUUAUUUGAUAUGUACAAAGAUAAGUGCAAAUUUUAUUAUAGACUUGUAUAAUUCCUAAUUGUUUGUAUUAUUUGUAAUAUUUUGUUUAUUUUCACUGAGUGGAAAUGUUGCUUGUCCUUGGAUAAGUUCUACCUGUGAUAUGGAGAUUCAGCCAUAGUUGAAUGAUGUAUCUUAUUGAAUGUUUUUACGUGCUAUGUUAGUUGACACAUUCUGAAGCAUCUCGGUAACCAUAUUGAAAAUGGAGCUCUUAUUAUGCCAUAUCUUUGAAGUUGUAAUAACUUAUUUAACUUGUAUAUAGAUUUAAGUCAUCUUUAAUGUAUUUAUAGUAGCUGUUUAAGACAAAUGGCCAGCUUUUUAAUAGCCUACACAAAUUCUUAAUUUAAGUAAUCUUUAAAAUACCAAUAGUAUUUUAACUUACAUAGUGCCUACAGAUUUAAUCAGUACUUGUAUAUUUGGCCAGAUUCCAAUCAGUUACUCUAAGAAUGUGCUUGAAUUGAAGAGUUGCUAUUUUUACCAGUGUCCCAGAGAAGUGUAAUGUAUCCGAGAUUUUUCCCUCCCGUGCAAUAUGGCUAUGGGGAACCUGUUUUGUUCCACUUGUUCUUCUUUGUUCAUAUCUUGGCAAAUUAAUCAUGUGUAUUUAAGGAGUAUUUUAAAACAUAGGAUACCACCCAAAAAAAUAACAAAAAAUAUGUCGGAUAAAAGGGUAGCCUAUGUUAUUCAAUACAUUUUAAUGUUAGUGAUACAAAAAACCCAUAUACAUUCUCAUUUGAGUAUAUCUGUUUGCAUUGUUUUGAAAUUGUUUUGAUAAAAACUGGAACCAAAAAAAUAAUGUAUAAAACACAAAAAUGCCAGUUUUAAUCAAAAUUGAUUUUUAUUUCUCAUUUUACAGAAAAUAAAAAAAAAUGUUUUAUAAUAUAAAAUCCAAGCAGAAAGUAAUACUUGUUAUUGCAUUAGAUGUUUUAUAUAUAUGCAAAUGUUAAGAACUUCUCCAAACUUUUGUCUUCAUUUUAAUGAUCUGUAUUUUUUAACGAAUACAAUUCCAUUUCAAUGUUGGUGGUCCUGUGAGGGCUGUAAGUGUAAAAUUGCUCAGGCUUAAGGUACUAGUCUGUGUGUGGUUUGUUUAGAAUGAGUUGUGUGAAUGUUGAAGAAGCUUGAUUGAAUUAAUUGCAUAUUAGUGCUAGUGUUGAUGGUUGGUUUACACUUGUGAUGUGGUACUUGCCUGUUUAGUGUCUUUAAGCAUUAAUCGUGAAGAAUUUGUACCAUCACAUUGACAUGUUAUAAAAACCCAGUCUUAUUUAAGAUUCACGGAUACAGUCUGUGGUUAACUAAAGGCUUGCCUACUGGUUAAUCAUGUGAAUUGAUGUCUGUAAAUUUGUCUCAAUUUCUAUUCACCCUAAUCGUGUACAGCUUUUUCUUUCCAAAGUCCAGUCUAUAUUAUUGCUUGAGAGUGUUUAUUGUCAAAUUAUAUACAUGUUAAUUAUGUGUAAUAUUUAUAUUUAAGUAUCAAAUACUAAACGUCCAUAAAUACAAACUACUUAAGUUUGUUGCUGUGCCUAUGGGCACUAUGACUGCUUGUAAUGGCCAAUUCCAUGUUUGUUUAUGCCUUCUGUAUGUCAAAGAUAUGGCAUUAUAUCAAAAUUGUUGACAUUCAUAAUUUUGUGUUCACAGUAAUUUGGUGAAGGGAUAUAACUGUGUUUGUAAAUAGUUCAGCCUUCAGAUGCUACUGUUUAUGUAUUUUGUUCAGUUGGUCUUGUUCCGUUGUGCAUUUAGGGUUACUACAAAACUUAAAAUUUUCUCAAAGUCAUCUCUUAGCAAAUUUAUAUUCAAGAAAUGCACAGCAAGUUUCUGUAGUUUGCCAAGCCGUGCUGUGAGAGGUCGUCCUAUCCAGUAGGGUAAUCCACUCUCACCAUGGCUGAUAUAGGGCACCAAUGUCAAGUAUUGAACCAAAUAAUUCCAUCUCACCAAAUAAAUCGAGCAUUAAUCAUUAUCCAUAUGCCAUACUCUGGUGUGAAUAUGCAAAGAAAGAAACUGUUUUAUCUUCCAUUGAAAUUUAUUUUAUAUAUAUAUAUAUAUAUAUAUAUGAAAAUUCUGCUUUUCUGUCUUGCAAUACCUUUAGCCAUCAUACAAUGUGAAGACAUUUAAAUAUGUAAAAAAAAAAAACAUUAAAAAAGAUUGUUUGCAUAUUCACAAGAGAGUACAAGUUUUCUCUGAUAUUCAGGCUCAGUAAAUGUGAUAAUCUAUUUAUAAGGCAGUCCCAUUCUCAUCUUUAAAUCCCUGUCUAUUAAGCAGCUAUUACAAAUUGUUUAUUACUUAUGCAUACUUGAGAACUGAUGCAAACUGUGAAAAAACAAUCUGGUCGUAGAUAUUGAGAUUUGUUGAUUACUUCUGUUAAAUUCAGUUAAUAUUUGAGAUGCUGAGGGAAACGAUGCAAUAAACUUUUAACAAAUAAUCAUGCUGUGUAUAUAACUGUAUUCCACGGAGCUCAAAGGAUAAAUAUCUGUCUGUAAUAAUUACACUAGUGCAAAUCUUAUAAUGUAGAGUAUUAUGAGCCAUGUUUGUAUCUCAUUCUAUGUUGUAGAUCUAAUAUUCAAGUGUAUUCUUUGAUUGUCAAGUGCUAAUAUUAUGACCUUGUAUUCAGACUAAUAGAGAUUGAAUGUUACAGAUAUUAUGUGCUCAAAAUUAGACCUGUUUAAACAUAACCUUUAUUUUGUAUUUUGCAUUUUGUAUGUUUUAGACUUUGCUGUUUUCAAACAAAUUGUUCCAAGGUAGAUUUUUAAGGAGAAUAUGAACAGUGCCAUGAGAGUGUUAUGAUGAAAAGUGUAUUCCAAAUUAUCCACAAGGGCCCAGCAUAGUUGGUGAUGUCUUUCAAUGCUUCAAAAUAUUUGCAAUAUCUGGUCAUGACAAUGUAUUUAUGUAUAAUACAUCUGAACAGUGUAUAGUUACUGGUUACUUUGAUUUCAAAUAAUGGAAAGUGGAGCACCAUUGCAUACAGCUGGAUAUCAACACAAACAAACUCAUGAUAUUAUCCACACUUAAAAAGCAGAAAGGAAACAAUCGACCAAAUAGUAUUUCUAGCUGUUUUUCUGUUUAGAUAUAGGUGCUACUUAUAUAUUUAUAUUAGUAAAGUUGUGUAGAUGAGAUUCAAAUCACCAUAAUGAGCAAGUUACUUUGUGUUAAGCAUUUAAGAAUAUAGUGUGCAUUUUAGAUAAUGUUUGUACAAUAGAACAAUGAUUUUUGUCUUGCCAAAAAAAAAAUUAACAAACCACCUUUGCAUACAUUCUUUUGUAACCAUCAUAGAAAAAUUGUUUAAUGUCAAGAUAACAUGAUAAGUCAUGUAAGUUCCAGAUUUAUAUGGAAAUUUAAUCACUUAUUUAAAACUGUAAACCAAAUUGCUGCCUAUAUAUUACUGUUGACUUUGCCAUAAACUGUAUUGUUUUCCCUGUAACCAUCAUAGCCAAAGCAAAAAUCGUUCAUUUUGUAUUUAUUGUAUCACUGUAGAUUUUAUGUACAAAUGAUUUAUUAAUAAUUUAAAUUUGUGAUAUUUGUUGUCAUACUAUCGAAAUUGUAGGUGCUCGUUUUCAAAACUCUAGUUACUCUGAUUGAUCUUGAGAAAAAAUUGCAAUACCAGAGUACAGAUUGCCUAGUUUAGUUGUGAAUUAUAAUGGUAAGGUGAUGCUACUGGUGUAUUGGCAGUUAUGACAAGAAUCUCUGUAUUUAUUAACUUAAGAGUUUGCCAGAAUAAGAACUUUUGUAACCAUAGUGAUUCACCAGUUACAAUGGCAAUUGCCUUAUUUGGAGGCGUGUAAUCUAGCGAGAACUGCAGCAUGUAUUGUCUGUGAUCUUUAAAACACAUUGUGUAUUAUCAAAUCCAAGUUGAAAUUUAUUUUUUAUGUGUACUCUCUAUGUCAACUGAGCAAAACAAUCUUACUGCAGGUCACUUAUUUAAGCAUUCAUCGAUAUUGUUUUCUUUUCAUGAUUGAUUGUGAUGCCUAUUAAGAUUUCCAUGUGUUCAUAUUUAACUACUGUGCUCCUGGUGUUAAAAUUGUGAGAUUUUGAAGAUUUUAAUUUUUGUAUGUACCCUGUUAUUUUAUUGAUAUGCUUACUGUUUUGUCAGAUGUUAAAUACAGCAUUUUGGUGUGAUCAGUCCCCAAUACUUGCCAUGGCAUGGGGCAGCACCUUUGUGAUAUUUAUAUAUUGUAUGAUAUAAUUAUGUACACCCUCUCGCUUGAACACAAUUCUGCUCACUGCGUGUUUAUUGGAAAGUCUUGAUCAUAGUGAUAGAAACGUGCAAUUCUGCGUGAUAGUAAAUUACAUGCCGCAGCCGUGUUCAUUGUGUGAACUGCAUAAGUGCCAUGUAGCUUUGAAUUGAAAGAAAUACAUGAUUUGGAGCUAACGCAUGUUUGGGCAAGGAAUCUUGCCGGGUAUGAGCCAUCUGUUUUCUGCAAGAGGCACGAUAGGGGAGUCUGCGGGAAGGAAGUUAACAAUUGCGUAGUCAAAUGAUCUUGUCGUGUCUAUGAUAGUCAUGUGCCUUUUUAUAACUUGGUCAUUUGUAUGUACGUCUAGUCUGCUGGCUAACUCUGAGUCAGAGUUUGCCCUUUGUAAUAGAAGGGAGAAAUGUGCUACAAUAUAGGUGCAAAUGAACCUAUCUCAAACUACAAGCUGCUGUUUGUUGGAUUUCUAUGGAGAGGGAUUUUUGCAAGGGCUUUGGGGACGCGUUCUGUAUUUUAAUAAACACUGAAUGUGACAGAAUGUUCAUGUUCUUGAGCAGAGGGUUAAUUUUGGAUUAUCAUGUCAGUUCUUGUCAUAAUAAUUAUAAUAUUGUAGAUUAUGAUAGUUUUAUGUUUAUAAUAGAGGUAAUGGUAGAAUGAGAAUUGAAGGAAGGGAACGCAAGGGCACUGGAUUGUUUACUCAUGUUUAUUCAUAAUAUUAUGUUUGUGUUGUUGAUGAAAUUGACUUGAACAUUCUCAAAAGCAUAAAUGAACUGAAGGUACAUUUGUGAUUUAUUGUUGCUAUAUGAUAUUUUUGGUUCAUGAAAAAUGUUACCUAUGUAGUGUGAAUUUUCAGUUUAUGUUUAAAAUGGUCUGGGGGAUAAGAAAACUGUUCAUAAUUUGAUCAGAAUGUUUUUAAUGUAUUGAUUACAAUGUAUUGGGUUUAUAUUAACACUAUUUAAGGUGAAAAUACUAGAUUUUUGUGCUAGUCAUAGUAGUAUUCAACAUGUAUUGUAAAAGUUGCCAUAACUUUGUUUAAUUUGUUGUACAAGAUUCUGGAUUUGAAAUUCAAGGUGAUGUUAGUUCAUGACUUGAUCAUCAUUAAUGUGGUCAAUCUUAACUUUGAACAAAUACUUUUUCUUUUCUUUUUUCUUAGAAAAAUCACCCCCCAGGUCACUUUACGCAUUACUAAGUAGUAUAAUGUUUCUGUGAUUAUUAAGACUGUCUAUGCCACUCAUCAAAAUCAAAGUUAGGUGAUUGGUCCUUGACCUGCCCAGGGAACUUGGCUGGGUACGGUUUCAAACAAGCACUGCCAUCCCAUCAGUGCCUGCUCACAGUAAACCACCUAGACACCUUUUUGCCAAAGUGUUUUGUAUACAUUCCUUCAAUAUAUCUACAUAGAUUGUAAUGUUGAUUACAUAACGGGGCAGGUAAGCAGCAUACACCAUGUGUAUCAGAUUGUGAUGUUCUUUUGUAUUUAUUUUUCUCAUGGCAUAUCAGUUCAGAUUCUGGAAUAUGUAUUUUGACAGUUAUGAGUUGUGGAUUUAUUUUAUCACUUGGAACAAUCUGUAAGAUGUAUUGAAGUAAUUGAUGCUUUAUAAUUUUUGGAAGUAAGAUCAGUUAGAAUUGGCAGCUUUGAUGUAACAAGUGGUAAAAAUACGAAGUGGUCAUGACAUAAUUAUUGUGCUCGUAGCAUUGCUUAAAAUUGUAUUAUGAAUAAAUCUUUACCUCAAAA